AUGUCCAGCGGCAUAAUUACCAACGACACUCUGACAGAUUUGCAUCGUGUUAAACAGGUGAGUAUCUUUAAUUUUGUUAAAUUUGGGGGUUAAACAUUGCAUGUAUAUAUGAAUACUUUGAAAUUGGCAUUGAAAUAUGUGAAAUUGACAUUUUGAAGUUGAAUACCUAAAUUUUAUUGCUUAUGUUGAUACUUUGGCUGUAUAAAACCAUAUUUUUGUACAUUUGCAUUGUUGGAUUUAUGAUGUUAUGCAUAUUGCACUUGUUGUACAUUAAUGAUUUGCCAAUGUUAAAUUUCAUUUUAUGUGAUUGAAAUUAUAUUAUUUUGAGUAUGAACAUUGGUGAUUUGACUUGUCACAGUAUUUAUAUUUACAGAGGUGUAAGAGGCUAUUUUACAUCGAAUAUGAAUUUGCAAUGUAGUUUUACUUUUCGAAUGUAAUAUUUGCAUUUUGAUAUGAUUAUAUUGCGAUACUUUACUGAAUUUAUAAAUGUUAUGUAUUUUUGUGAUUACUGAACAUUUAUUUCAGUUUUGACAUAAGUAAACUAUAGUUUGUUACUUAAAUUUAGAACAAUUUUGGGGAAAAAGUUAAAUCUUUUUGGGAAGGUUAUAUUGUUAUACUUGUUUAGCUUUCUACUGUUCAAAGUCAAUCAAACGGCUCCAUCAAACGACCAAGUUCGGACGAUUUGAAUUGUAUGUGUAAUGAGGAUAUAUUUUAUUCGCGACGUCGUUUUAUUGUUUGAUUAUAUCGUUUGUUUAAUUUUUACAUUAUUUUGAUUACAUUUACUUGCAUAUUUGUGGGGUUUGUAUGAUAGUUUUGUUUUUACAAGUCGGAUUUCUUUUGUUUGAGAAUUUUUACAUCGAAAACUACUUUUAACUGAUAUUUUUGGACAUCUGAAAUAUUGUUAUUUUAUGUGAAAACAGAAGAAGUUCGACUUACACACAAGUUCUAAUUAUUAAACGAACAUAAUUUUACAGAUGGUUAUGAUAAUGGUCUAAUAAUUUGUUGUUUUCAGUGCAUCCGGCUAAACGACCAAACGGUGAAAUGGCUGGCAUGGGAAUGGGUGCACCUUUGAGCGAGGCAUUGGUUGACACCGUGGAGAUUCCAGAAUCCGUAGUAGGUUUGGUCAUUGGUCGUGGGGGCGAACAAAUCACCUCCAUUCAACAACAGUCCGGAUGUCGAGUUCAGAUGGCUCAAGAUUCCGGUGGAAAGAGCGUCAGAUUGUGCACUCUUAAUGGAUCUAGGCCUUGUAUUGACAGAGCUAAGCAGUUGAUUGCCGAUGUCAUCAACAGAAGGCAGUCAGGAGGCAAUGGAGUGCCUCAACAACAGGUCUUCCAUGGUGGAGUUCAAGGACCGUCUGUCACUCAGGAGAUGCUGAUCCCUGGAACCAAGUGUGGUCUAAUUAUUGGCAAGAAUGGAGAUACGAUUAAAAUGCUGCAGGUAAGUUUGGAUUUGUAAAAUAGUGUUAUGAUUUUAGGGAAACGACGAAACAUAGCUUGAAAUUGCAAAGUAUAAUGGGUUGCCGAGUCUCAAAUUAUUUUUUAUAAUUUUAGGAACGCUUGGGAUGCAAGAUGCUGUUAGUCCAAGAGAAUCAACAUAUCUCUAACGCUCCCAAGCCUCUGCGAAUUACUGGAACUCCAGACAAGGUGGACCAAGCCAAGAGAACCAUUGAACAGCUGAUCAAUGAAGGAGGAAACCCAAACACAAUGACCUCUAUGUUGCAGCAGAAGUCUGUGGGAGAAGUCAUCGUUCCUCGGUCAGCUGUCGGAAUUAUUAUUGGGAGAGGUGGAGAGACCAUCAAGCGGUUGGCUCAGGAAUCCAACACCAAGAUCCAAUUCAAGCCUGAUGGUAAGUUAUGUUUAUGUUAUUUAUUUAAUAUGCGUUUUCUAAGAGCCAGUUAACUUAUAUUCUUUACAGUGGUAUUAUGAGCAAGUUUUUUGCAAGUGGUACUGGUGUAUUUUGACUUUUAAAGUUAACAGGUGUCAUAAGGACGCUAGAGUAUUCUCUGACCAAGUCGUUUGAGGUCUAUGACAAAGUGAAUUAGAUUCUCUUGUUUCUUAGUCUGUACAUUUUUGUUUGAUAAAUGAUUUGUUACUUUAUUCCUUCAUAACAUUUUCAUGCUUUUGUGUUUAGAGGAUCCUAAUGCUUCUGAAAGAUGUGCCGUUGUACAAGGAACUCCAGAGCAAAUUACUAGAGCUACUCAAAUGAUCUGGGAUUUGGUACAAAGAUCAUCUGGUAAUCAACAGUCUGAUGUUUGUUUGAUGCACGUACCCGCCAACAAGACCGGUCUAGUCAUAGGAAAAGGAGGAGAAACCAUCAAACAAAUAUGCAACGAGUCCGGUGCUCAUGUGGAGUUGUCUCGUGACCCGCCCCCAAAUGCUACGGAGAAAGUGUUUGUGAUCAAAGGUUCGGCGUAUAGCAUUCACUGUGCUCAGCACAUUAUCCGCAUCAAGGUUGGCGACAUCCCUCCUGGAACUCCAGUACCUCAAAUGGCUGGCGGAGCACCACAAGCCGCCCAAUUCCAAGCUCCACAAUUCGGGGGUGCAGCUACUGGUGGUGGAGACCAGUACAAUAACCAAUGGUCGCAAAACGGAUAUGGAAACAACCAGUUUGGAAACGGGGCCGGUAACUAUCAAGCCGCUCAACCAGUUGCCGCCCAAGCUGCUCCUCAAGCUCAGCCUCAGCAAGGACAGAACCCACAAAUCAAUCCUCAAACUGGCCAACCAGAUUAUUCCGCCCAAUGGGCAGAAUACUACAGAUCUGUUGGAAUGCACGAUCAAGCUGCUUUGAUCGAGCAACAGAUGAAAACCAGGACUGGACCUCCUCAACAACAGGUUGGCGUCGGCCGUGGUCAAUACUACCAACAGUAA